AAAGGCCUUAUUGCUUAAACAUCACUGUCAUGUGAAGACUCAGUUAGGAACAGGUGCAAUAAUUAUGUUUCAGUGGACUACCUUAAGGUCUCUCUCUGCUUUGACUUCACCAGAGAGCUCCAGCUCAGACGAGUUUUCAUUGCUUCAAAGGUGCUGGGUCUGUGCAUAGCCACAGCAAACCAACCCCAAACACAAAACAUCUGAUCUCUGCGUCACAGCCUCUCCAUCCUCAUGGGCUUUUUCCAUUUCUCUCUCAGCCUCAGGGAGCCUGAUCUUCUUGGGCUCACGUUGUUCUUGUUGGCAUCCUAAAGAUUCUUGGAGCCACUGUCAUGUCAUCACUUUUUUCAUAUACGCGACAUGUGGAUGAUGGUGAAGAGGAGAUGUUAAUGGCAGAAGAUCAUGGGCCUGAUUUGAUUCAUCCUCAUGAUUUUAGGAGGCAAUGUAGCAGAAGUGAUUUAGCAUACAGUCACUGCAAGGAGGAUGAGAGAGAGCAGCUGGUAGCCCAUGAGAGUUUGGAUUAUUUGCCUUCACACAGUGGAGUUUAUAAGAAGUGGCUACAAGAGAAAGCAUACAGAAAAGAGUGGGAUCGAUGGCUGCUGAUGGGGCUAAUAGGAACAGCAGUUGGGAUGCUGGGGUUUUUGACUCAUCAGAUAAUUGACUCUCUCAUCACAUUGAAAUGGGACCUGGUGGAAAAUUACCUGAAGGAUGGCAACUUCCACCUGACGUGGGUGUGCAUGCUUGGCACCGGGCUGGCCAUGAUCCUUGUGUCCUCGAGCUCAGUGCUGUUCUUUUGUCCAGCAGGUUCACCGUCUGGCUUGCCAGAAAUCAUUGGGUAUUUGAACGGCACUUCUAUUCAGCAUCUUUUUAAUAUCAAGACCUUCCUAGGGACGUUUGUCUCAUGCGUGCUAGCUGUAGCAGCUGGGCUCUUCUGUGGGCCAGAAGGUCCCAUGGUCCAUUUGGGUGCUAUCCUGGGUUGUGGCCUGAGCCAGCUGCAGUCGGACACCCUUGGCAUCCACCUUCCGUUCUUCACCAGGUUCCGGAAUUCAGCUGACAAGCGCAGUUUCAUUACGGCUGGUGCGGGAGCAGGGAUAGCUUCAGUACUUCGUGCCCCCAUUGGUGGGCUGUUGUUCACCCUAGAGGAGGUGUCUUCCUUCUGGAACAUCAGGUUGGCCUGGCAAACCUUCUUUUGCUGCCUGAUGGCUACCUUCACCACGGAUUUGCUGUCCUCUUCUCUUUAUGGGUUUGUUUACAGAGGCCAUUUUGGAUUUUUUGAAGCAGAGAAAAGAAUUCUGUUUUGGGUUAAGAACUUGCUGGACAUGCACGUCUUGGCCUUCAUUCCAACCAUCCUGCUUGGAAUGCUUGGAGGUCUUCUGGGAGCUCUCUUUGUUUCCCUAAAUAUAAAAAUUAAUAAGUUACGUAUGCAGUUCUUUAAUUCAAUUCCAAAAUCAUCAGUUAGAAAAACAAGCAAGCUGUUGGAAACUGUGCUCAUCCUUGUAUGUACGACGACUGUUACUGUAUAUUUACCGUAUUUCUUUCCCUGCACUCCAGUCAUGAAUGUGAGAGACAACCAGCUGAGAAACAACUCAGAAAUCAGAAAUCUGUUCAAGAGGGAAAUUUCAGAAUAUGGUUGUUCACCAAGCACAUCAUGGAUUGGUCCAGAUGGAGUCAGAUAUUCUAAUCGAACGUUCAAUCAAGCUGCUGCGCUUCUAGUUGAAAAUGGGAAGCAAGGGAUCACAUAUCUUUUUAAACGUGGGACUCAUGAGGAAUUUGGAUACACAUCCCUCUGCACUGCUUUGGCAUUUUAUUUCAUCCUCAGCUGCUGGACUGCAGGUUCUGCUGUUGCCAGUGGCCUGGUUAUUCCUAUGCUGUACACAGGAGCUUUGUAUGGCAGAAUAAUUGGUUUGAUUCUUGUUUCCAUUUUUGGUGUUCAAACUAAUGAAUACGGAGCAUGGAUUGAUCCAGGUCUGUUUGCUGCCAUUGGAGCUGCCUCCUUUUUCAGUGGAGUGUCAAGACUAACUAUCUCACUCACCGUUAUAAUGGUAGAGAUCACGAAUGAUGUUCAGUCCUUGCUGCUGAUAAUGCUGGCUGUCAUGGUGGCCAAGAUGGUUGGUGACUUUUUUAACGCGUCUCUGUACAGCUCCCUCCUGAGGCUGAAAUGCAUUCCCUACUUGGAUGUGGAACCUAUUGUUCAUCACAGGAGAAAAUGGUUGAACCUGGAAUUGUUCUCUGCCAGGGAUGUCAUGGAGCCUCACGUCAGAGUCCUUCACCUAAAGGAAAACAUUGCUUCCUUGGCCCAGCUUCUUGCAAGCACAAACCAUGGUGGAUUCCCAGUGGUUUGCAGGCCCAAGCCAGACCAUGCAGAGGUGUUUCAGGGAACUAUUAAAAGGCUAGAGCUGUGCAUGCUGCUGGAAAAUGAGCACAUCUUCGAACCAGAGACAAACUAUGAGUCUUUUUCCUCCUCUCAUCCUCUGUCCUAUGAGAAGAUAACAGUGGAGAAGCUGCCCAAUCUGUCGCGCCUAGCCAUGCUGCUGAAUCGCUACACUACAGAUCCCCGGUAUCAGCAACUCUUCAUCAAUCUGGAGCCAUACAUAAACAAAUCGGCAAUGUCAGUCCAAGCUCAUUUCUCCCUGCAACGCACCUAUAUCAUCUUUCGCACCUUGGGGCUGCGCCACCUCACCGUUGUUGACCCGCAGAACCGAGUGGUUGGGGUGAUCACCAGGAAGGACCUGAUGCCUUUCCCCUUGGAGGAGAGGCUCAGGCUCCAGCUGGCACCACAGAGCCCUGACACGGGGGAGUAGCCCCUGAAUUUAAGGCCGUGGAUGCAUUCUCAGGCUUUGUCACUUCUUUUUGAGCCCAUCUUCUUCUUCGUGAAAAAAAAAAUCUGAGCUUUUCCACUUGAUCCCUUCUGGAGAAGAGACACUUAAAAGCUGUUGUUUCUAGUCAUGUGGGAUUGUAGCCCAGAGCUAUGUCUCUUCAGCUGACAAAAUUUGAUUGCAUGGUGAUUGCAAAAUUCAUUGAUUUAAAUGCUUGUGAAGCAAAAUAGGAAUUCAUGUGUUUAUGGAAGAUGCACAUAAAAUCAGAUGUGAAGGAUGGAGAUCAAGAACUAUUUUGUCACACUGUGUCUGUGCCUCCCCCCCAAAAAAGUCAUGACCCCUAGUAGCAAAGUUACAUUGGCAAAACCUUUGAGCAAGGACUAAAUUUUCAACCUUGGCAUAUCUGCCUGUUAAAAAAGAGAAUGUUUCCAUAUCAGCAUUUUUAUGUUGAAAUUUGUAAGUUUAACUGAAAGGAAAUACUGCCUUGGAAGAGGCAGGUCACUGAAAGUAACAGGGGAUUGGACUUUCUUGUUGGCCUACCUGUAUUAGCAAUCAAAAAGGAGAAUUGAAUGUAAGAGAAAGACACUGGAUGUGAGGCUCCUGCCAAAUUACGAUCACACUUGUCAGUAAGGUAUAAGGAAAACCUGACAUGCCUUUCUGUUGCUUACAUUUCUUUAAUUUCUGUGACUGCUCAAAUAGGCUCUCUUUCUCUCCUUCCACUUGAUAUAAUAACAUUUUUAGUUAAGAUCAUGUGCAAUGAGGUAUGGGAUAAAUUCUAAUAAUGGGGAGGCAACAUGAUAAAUUGUUGGGGUAGUUUUUGAUAGCAGCAUAUUUAGAAACUGGACAAAAAGUAAAUAAGUCAUGAUUUUGUAGUGAUACAAUGUUUGAAAACUUGGAAAGUAUUGGUUGUUAAUAAAUGAAUGUGAACAAUUUUUUGGACAAAGACACUAUUAGAUUUCCUUCU